AUUCUAGUAAUGUUUGGUGGUUGCAGAACUGUAUUAAAGGGUGAACAAAUCAGUUUACAAAUUACACGUGCAUAAUUCGCAAACGAGACCAUCCCAUUCACCAACAAUGGCUAUAUAAUACGAUUUAUGCUGCCGUAACCUUGUUUACAGGAUCAAAUUAAUACAAUAUGUGUCUGUAUUAAAUAUAACGUCUGUGUACAUGUUCAUUUGGUUUGUGGAUUUGAUAUGAACGGUCUUCCAUAAAACUGCAUGGAGGCAUGUCAUCGAACGAAACAAACAAUUCUUUGGAAAAUAACGAAAACCGUCCACCUUCUAAAUUAACAGGUGGAAUAUUCCUGACUGCUGUCGCUGGAGUGUCAAUUCUUGGUGGAUUCGGCAUGACAUUAGCCAUGGCCAAACGGAAGGACCCCAACAUGUUCACUAGGGGUCUGGUUCCGAGCAGGGAGAUCCCAGACAGUGGAGCUUCAUUAGCCUUAAGGGCUCUUGGGUGGGGCACUCUGUGGUCCGUGUCUGGAGUAGGGAUCUUGAGUCUGACUGUCUGGAAAGUGCUGGGCGUUCACAGUAUGAAAGAAUUUACUGACAAGAUGCAGAGCUUGAUGCCAAAAAUACCAAAGAAAGAAUCACAGGGUCGAAGCGAGUUCAAAACAAUCCGAGAAUUGUUCGAGUACCUAUCAGAAGAAGAUAGAUCUGUUAAAGACAGUAAAAAAUCAUAGCACAGAUCUUGAGAUAUGAAAACUGAUUUAAGAUAAAACGAAUCGGAUCUCCAGGCACACAUCCAUGAAUGUUUGCAGGGAGGAGCCUGCAUGCAACUACUUAAAUGGAAGUUGUAUAUUAGUGGUGAAUGCAUUUUAUAAUAAGUGGAAUCAAAAAUGUUUUUCAUCGUGAGCAGGUGGAGUCCACACCCCCUCAUGCCCUCUCCAUUAUAUGCAUGCUGUUGUGAUUUUAACAGCUAAAUAAAAAUAUUUGAUUGCCACCUUCAGUACUUCAGCACAUGCAUGACAUCGACUUUCGUCAACUUCAGUGACUAUAGUCCUAAGGUUAAAUCUUUUCUACAAAAUUAUAUUUGAAUUUAAAAAUUAUUUCUUGACUCCUAUGUUUAAGAGAUACACUACAAAUAAUUAGUGCCAGUGAUUUUGUUUCAAAUAUGUAACGUGUUUGAGCGCGUCUUUGAACUCUUGAUUCGGGUUUUCCUGAACCGGAACACUGAGAACUUCGGUUAACACAACAAUCCAAAUUGGGUCUCGUGAUUGUGUCAAACACACACUGAUUAUGAUAUCAGAAACAUCGUACUCGAUAUCAUAAUCAUGGGAAACGAAAUUUCGGUUCCGUGAUUUUACCGACACUGUACCGAAAACAUCUUCGAUGGACUUGGGUUUUUCCCUGUUCGAAGCGUUGCCCCACAACUGGUACAUCAAAGGCCAUGGUAUAUACUGCCGUCUCUGUGAUGGUUCAUUUAAAGAUGCCUUGCUGUUUUUCAGGAGGAAUAAUGUUUAUGGUGGCAGCAGAUUUCUUCUCACUCAGCCAAAUGUAAAAUGUGCUUAUGAAUCAUAAAACCCCCCAAAUAUUCCUUUCCAUUCUAAAAUUCACAACUGAUUAGCAAGAUGGUCCCGUUUCUGUGCAGUCUUAAUACUGGUUUUUCCAAAAUUAGCUGGUAUCCAGGUCCAUGCUAAUAAAAUCUUAAGUCUAAAUUUCUAAUGUCACACAUACAAUUUUGAUGGCAUUGCCAUGACGUUUAAGUCUCACACUGAAUUAGAGAUUCUCAAGUCUGGACUGAACGUUUUAUAAGCACGAGGCCCCGAUAUUCUCCAGAAACAAGAAUCAGUAACAUUCAUCCCUACCAGUAAUAUAUGAAGAUGGCAGUUGUCUUUUUCUUAAUUAUAGCAGAGCAAAUAAAAAGAUCAUUAAUUUUCCACUUGACUGAAGAUGGCUGCCAUGUUUUACUUGUUAUUAUGGCUGGGAAAAUAAAAAAAGAUUUGUAAUUUACCAUUUGACAAUCAACUUGGGCUCAUUUGGAAUGUGUGAUAUAAUUUUCACUAAACCAUGAAUACCGUUUUCUAGAAGACUAAACUCAUGAGUACUCAAAAUGUGUGGACAUUUUAUUUGUAUGGACAUCAGGAUAAACGAGAUGUUAACAUUUUUCUUGGGUGAACAUUAUGUAUGAACUGUCAGUUUUUAUUCAUGAACAAAAUCAAUUUAUGAAUAUUGUGGUCUCAAAAUAUGACCAAUUGGUUUGUAUGCAUGAAUAUGAAUUCGAGAUGUGAACAUUCUUUUAUAUUUAUGAACACUGAUAAAUGCAAGAUGUGUGUGAACAUUAUUAAGUGUAUAUUACUUGAUGAACUUGAGGUGUGUGCUAACAUUUUGAUUGUAUAAAUAUAACCUGAAAAUGUGUGAACAUUAUGCUUGUAUGAACACUAUGAUGAACUCAGAUGUGUGUGGAACAUUAUACAUGUAGAUAUAUAAACACUAAUAUAUUUA